AUGCUGGGUGAGACGGUGAAGUUUGUCGUGUUGUUUAACGAAGCAAAAGCCUACGGCCUCAUCAAGGCGGACACAAGCGAGUCGGAGGCAUUCUUUUCCACCACUGGCCUGGCAGAAGGCUAUGGCCCAGUGGCGGUGGGGGACAAAGUGUUCUACUUCGAGGAUGAUGAGAUGAUUGAGGGGCAGCUGUGCGCGGUCAACAUCCGAAAGCGGCUUGCAAAGUGA